GAAACACAAAUCGCAAACAGCGAAGAAAACAUGAAGACUUUCAAUCUGUGCAUUCUACUAAGCCUGGCAGUCACAGUUUACUGUGUGCCAGUCCUGCAACUCACUGCGCAAGAUGAACGUUUUGCAGAGACAUACUUGAAGAAAUUCUUCAACCUGACAGAGGAGAGGGGUCCAGUGGCCAGACGGGGGAUCAGCCCGCUGAGCAAGAAGCUCACUGAGAUGCAGCGGUUCUUUGGUCUCACAAUCACCGGGAUGUUGGACUCCGAGACCGUAGAAAUGAUGAAGAAGCCCCGCUGUGGUGUUCCAGAUACCAAACUGGCCCGUUUCUCCACCUUUGGAAAUAACCUCAAGUGGGAGAAAAACAGUCUUACCUACAGGAUCGAGAACUACACCCCUGACAUGUCUAGGUCUGAGGUUGAUGACUCCAUUGAGAGAGCCCUACAGGUUUGGGCCAGAGUCACCCCUCUAAGGUUCACAAGACUCUACAGUGGCACUGCUGACAUCAUGAUCUCCUUUGGAAGCGGAUAUCAUGGUGAUUCUUACCCCUUUGAUGGCCCCGGUAACACCCUUGCUCAUGCCUUUGCCCCAUCUGAGUACAACUCCAUCGGAGGAGAUGCCCAUUUUGAUGAAGAUGAAACCUUCACCUUCAACUCAGACAGAGGCUACAUCCUCUUCCUGGUUGCAGCCCAUGAAUUUGGCCAUUCCUUGGGUUUGUCUCACUCUGAUGACCCUGGUGCCCUCAUGUACCCUGUGUACAGCUUCACCAGACCAGACACCUUUAUUCUGCCCCGUGAUGACGUCAACGGCAUCCAGUCUCUCUAUGGUCCAAACCCUGAUGAGGAUCCUGUUUCACCUGGACCCACGCCCCCCACCACCCCUAAUGCCUGUGAUUCAACCAUGGUCUUGGACGCUGUCGCCACCCUGAGAGGAGAGAUGCUCUUUUUCAAAGACAAAUUCUUCUGGCGCAGCCACCCUCAGAGAAGGGAACCUCAGCAGAGUCUCAUCCAGAACUUCUGGCCAAGGGCUCCUAUCAACAUUGAUGCUGCCUAUGAAAGCCCAGAAUCAGACAAUGUCUUCCUCUUUAAAGGGCGCAAAGUGUGGGCAGUCUCUGGCUAUGAUGUUGUACCUGGCUAUCCGAAAAGACUCACCGACAUUGGUCUGCCCUAUAGUGUGAAGAGAAUCGAUGCUGCCCUCUUUGAUGUGGACUCUCGCAAGACGCUGUUCUUUGUUGGCAAAUAUUACUACAGCUACGAUGAGGCCACAAGAACUGUGGACCAGGGAUUCCCCAAACGAGUGGAUGAGACCUUCUCAGGCCUGACCGGCAGGGUGACGGCAGCUUUCCAGUACAGAGGUUUUACCUACAUCUACAGUGGGCCGUACAUGCAUGAGUACAGCUUGCGCAGUGGGAGACUCUUCCGUGUGCUGAGGAACAGCUACUUCCUGCAGUGCACCAACUUCUAGACCAUCUGACCCAUCUGACCACAUUAAUCGCUUACAAAGCCACUGUGAAGGAUGAUGAAUGUAUCAGAGAGUCUAAAUGAGUGUUAUUUUUGCAUAUCAUGUCUGAUCAAAUAUUGUUAUUUUGUUACACCUAUUUAUAUAGGCAUUUAUUUAUAUAUUUAAAGGUCUAAAUUGCUGAUAUUUUUUAUUUUAUAAACUAAAGAUAUUAAUCAGUUAUCUAUCAAAACAUGUAACUGAAUAUUAUC